AUGUUCUACUACUUCGUAUUAGCAUCCAUCAGCGUCGACAACAGCAGUGCGGUGACGCUGACGGGCUGCAAGAUGGGCUCCACGGGGGUGUCGGGGUCCCUGCUGACGCACGCUGACGCCGGCUACAAGUUCGCCGCGGGGUGCCUGACGGUCGCGGGGAAGGUGCUGACGGCGGCUGAAAUGUGGCACAACGGCAUCGACAAAGUGACGACGGUUGCGGUGUGCGGGGAGUGCACGAAGGACGGCGACUGCUUCGGUGCGCUGACAACGGCGGUGAGUGGCUGCAAGUGCGAGUGCGCCAGUGGAGGGCACGGCGAUGUGUGCGCCCCGGCGCCUGUGCCUGCCGGCCCGCCGCCCCCGCCGCCCCCGCCGCCCCCGCCACCACCGCCGCCACCACCGGCGUUUGGCGAGUGCGUCAGCGACAUGGAGUACCCCGAGGUGACGCAGGCGGUGGGCAGC